AUGCUAUUAGAUCUCUCCGGUGUGAGGGGAUUCGCCGAAACGGAAUUUUACAUGUCUAUAUUCAAGAUGGUAUCGCUGUUCGUCUUCAACAUCAUUGGGAUUGUCCUGAUGACUGGUGGCGGACCGGGAAAUACUGGUUACAUUGACACCAGAUAUUGGCAAGAUUCCCGUUCUUUUGCUGCACCAGUUUUAAAGAAGUUUCGCAACACCAUUGUUUCUGCGGCAUACUCUUCCAGCGGCAAUGAAAUGGUGGUUCUCACCAACACGGAAGUAAAAGAUAUUUCGUCUGUUUCUUGUGCGGCGAAGAGAAAGUUCUGGAGAAUUGCGCUUUUCUACAUUGUGACCGUUGUAAUUAUUGGUUGCUUAGUUCCAUAUAACGAUGAGAGACUACUCAGCAGGGCAACCAGUGAAGAUUUUUCUUCGUCGCCCUUUGUAAUUGCUUUGAGCAAUACUGGAUCGAUGGGUAAUAAAGCUGCAUAUUUUAUGAAUGCCGUUAUCUUGGUGGCUGUGGUUUCCGUUUGCAACUCGUGUGUCUAA